AUGGCUCCUCCUACUCCCAUCAUGAACGCAACUGAGGUAGAGCCUCUGCUUUCUAUUGCUAGGAACUGUUAUUUGUCCUCCCUUGUACAGAAUGAAUGCUAUUUUAACGGCUACGAUUACACUUGUGUACCCUUCAAACGAUUAUUUCAAGAGUGCAUUGUGCAUAAAAAAAAGGUACGUAUAGAAGUGACCACUUCGGAUACUAACAUGCAUUAG